UACACAUACACAGACAGACAGGGACAUACUACUCCAAUUAGAAUUCAACAAAUAUUUCCCCAAUUCACAUUUCUCCAACCCAGAAAUUCCAUACAUAUUCGCCAUCGUUGAACAUUCCUAACCCCACCCAACAUAUAAUUGGAGAAGCGCAGUGCUUAAUUAACAAGGCAUAUUAGAUUUAUAGAUCUCGGGUUGUUUCUCAGAUCUCCAAUCAUGGCUGUUGCUGCUAAUGCUCCGAUCACUAUGAAAGAGACCCUUACUUUGUCAAGUAUAGGGGUCAAUCCGCAGUUCAUCACGUUCACGAAUGUAACGAUGGAAUCAGACAAGUAUAUAUGUGUUCGGGAGACGUCACCACAAAAUAGUGUGGUGAUUGUUGAUAUGAGUAUGCCAAACCAGCCUUUGCGACGCCCUAUUACUGCAGACUCUGCUCUUAUGAAUCCCAAUUCCCGAAUUUUGGCUCUAAAAGCUCAAGUACCCGGAACUACUCAAGAUCACUUACAAAUUUUCAAUAUUGAGGCAAAGCAGAAAAUGAAGUCACAUCAGAUGCCUGAGCAAGUUGUUUUCUGGAAGUGGAUUACCCCGAAGCUUUUAGGUAUCGUCACACAGACCUCAGUCUAUCAUUGGCCAAUUGAAGGUGAUACUGAGCCUAUAAAGAUGUUUGAUAGAACAGCCAAUCUAGCCAAUAACCAAAUAAUCAAUUAUCGUUGCGAUCCUUCAGAGAAAUGGUUGGUUUUGAUCGGUAUUGCUCCAGGUUCACCAGAGAGGCCCCAACUGGUCAAAGGAAAUAUGCAAUUAUAUUCAGUGGAUCAACAGCGAAGUCAAUCUCUAGAGGCACACGCUGCAUCAUUUGCAUCAUUCAGAGUACCUGGAAGUGAUAGGGAUUCCAUACUCAUUUCUUUUGCCACGAAAUCCUUGAAUGCUGGGCAGGUUGUAUCAAAAUUGCACGUCAUUGAGCUGGGAGCGCAGCCAGGGAAACCUUCGUUUUCAAAAAAACAGGCAGAUCUUUUCUUCCCUCCAGAUUUUGCUGAUGAUUUCCCAGUUUCCAUGCAGAUAUCUCAUAAGUAUAGUUUAAUUUAUGUCAUCACAAAGCUUGGGCUUCUUUUCGUCUAUGACCUGGAAACAGCUACUGCGGUAUACAGAAAUAGGAUUAGCCCGGACCCUAUUUUCCUGACAGCUGAAGCUUCGUCAAUUGGUGGUUUCUAUGCCAUCAACAGGCGAGGCCAAGUGUUGCUAGCCACAGUAAAUGAAACAACAAUUAUACCUUUUGUCAGUGGACAAUUGAACAAUCUGGAGCUUGCUGUCAAUCUUGCCAAAAGAGGAAACCUUCCCGGUGCUGAGAAUUUGGUUGUCCAGCGCUUCCAAGAAUUGUUUGCUCAAACCAAGUACAAAGAGGCUGCUGAGCUUGCUGCGGAAUCACCUCAGGGCAUACUCCGUACAUCUGAUACUGUUGCUAAGUUUCAGAGCGUUCCUGUUCAACCAGGGCAAACACCUCCUCUUUUGCAGUACUUUGGGACACUUUUGACAAAAGGGAAGCUCAAUGCUUUUGAGUCAUUGGAACUGUCACGCCUUGUUGUCAACCAAAAUAAGAAGAACCUUUUGGAGAACUGGUUAGCUGACGAUAAGCUGGAGUGCAGUGAGGAACUUGGCGACCUUGUGAAGACUGUUGAUAAUGACCUCGCCUUGAAGAUAUACAUCAAAGCAAGAGCAACUCCAAAAGUUGUUGCUGCAUUCGCUGAGCGCAGGGAGUUUGACAAGAUUUUGAUUUAUUCCAAGCAGGUUGGCUAUACACCUGACUAUCUGUUCCUUCUGCAAACAAUUCUUCGAUCUGAUCCUCAGGGAGCUGUUAACUUCGCACUCAUGAUGUCCCAAAUGGAGGGCGGUUGUCCAGUUGAUUAUAAUACAAUCACUGACCUUUUUCUACAGAGGAACAUGAUCCGCGAGGCAACAGCAUUUUUGUUGGAUGUUCUGAAACCUAACCUUCCAGAACAUGGUUUUUUGCAGACUAAGGUAUUGGAAAUCAAUCUCGUGACUUUCCCCAAUGUAGCAGAUGCUAUAUUAGCAAAUGGAAUGUUCAGUCACUAUGAUAGACCUCGAAUUGCUCAACUUUGUGAAAAAGCUGGUCUAUUCGUGCGGGCUCUGCAGCAUUAUACUGAACUUCCUGAUAUCAAGCGUGUCAUUGUGAACACACAUGCGAUUGAGCCUCAGGCUCUGGUUGAGUUCUUUGGGACUCUUUCACGUGAAUGGGCUCUUGAGUGCAUGAAGGACUUGCUAGUGAUCAAUAUCAAAGGCAACCUUCAAAUAAUUGUUCAGGUAGCGAAAGAGUAUUGUGAGCAGUUGGGUGUUGAUGCCUGCAUAAAGAUUUUUGAGCAAUUCAAGUCUUAUGAUGGAUUGUACUUCUUCUUGGGAUCAUAUUUGAGUUCCAGUGAGGAUCCCGAUAUUCACUUCAAGUAUGUUGAGGCCGCUGCCAAGACUGGACAAAUCAAGGAAGUUGAGCGUGUGACAAGAGAAUCAAACUUUUAUGACCCCGAAAAGACGAAGAACUUCUUGAUGGACGCCAAACUUCCUGAUGCUCGGCCUCUAAUUAAUGUUUGUGACCGUUUUGGUUUUGUUCCUGAUCUCACACACUACCUCUAUACCAACAAUAUGCUACGGUAUAUUGAAGGUUAUGUCCAAAAGGUCAACCCAGGAAAUGCUCCUUUAGUUGUUGGACAGCUAUUGGAUGAUGAGUGUCCUGAGGAUUUUAUCAAAGGCUUGAUCCUUUCUGUUCGUUCUCUGCUACCUGUUGAGCCCCUUGUGGAUGAAUGUGAAAAGAGGAACCGCCUCCGACUGCUUACUCAGUUCUUGGAGCAUCUUGUGAGUGAAGGAAGCCAAGAUGUGCAUGUACACAAUGCUCUGGGUAAGAUCAUCAUAGAUAGCAACAAUAACCCAGAGCACUUCCUGACAACCAAUCCAUAUUAUGAUUCACGUGUUGUGGGUAAAUAUUGUGAGAAGCGCGAUCCUACCCUUGCUGUUGCUGGUCAUCUUCGCCUAGUGAAGCCUUACAUGAUUGCUGUUCAAAGUAACAAUGUUUCUGCUGUAAACGAGGCCCUUAAUGAGAUAUAUGUUGAAGAAGAAGACUAUGAUAGAUUACGUGAAUCAGUAGAUUUGCAUGAUAACUUUGACCAGAUUGGUCUUGCGCAGAAGAUAGAGAAACAUGAGCUUCUUGAGAUGAGGCGUGUUGCUGCUUAUAUCUAUAAAAGGGCUGGUCGCUGGAAGCAAUCCAUCGCUCUGUCGAAGAAAGAUAAUCUUUACAAAGAUGCAAUGGAGACUGCCUCACAAUCUGGGGAUCGUGAACUUGCUGAAGAGUUGCUUGUUUACUUCAUUGAACAGGGAAAGAAAGAAUGCUUUGCAUCAUGCCUCUUUGUUUGUUAUGAUUUGAUUCGCCCAGAUGUUGCUCUUGAACUAGCGUGGAUGAAUAAGAUGAUCGACUUUGCAUUCCCUUACCUGUUACAGUUUAUUCGUGAAUAUACUGGCAAGGUUGAUGAGCUGAUAAAAGACAAAAUAGAGGCUCAAAGUGAAGCAAAAGCCAAAGAGAAUGAAGAGAAGGACGUUAUGAAGCAGCAGAAUAUGUAUGCACAGUUGCUGCCUCUGGCUUUGCCUGCUCCACCAAUGCCGGGCAUGGGAGGAGGAUUUGCUCCACCCCCGCCACCUCCAAUGGGUGGAAUGGGAAUGCCUCCAUUUGGUAUGCCACCCAUGGGUCCCUACUAAACCAAUGUUACUUCAGAUACUGGUGUAAACAAACAAACACUACAAGAGGGAGGCACACAAUUCGGUCCCCGUUUUUGUUAGAGUUAGGGCUGUUUCCCUUAAUUCUUUCAGUUUGCAGUUGAUUGCUGAUGGGCACAAAUGGAGGCUAGAUAAAAUAACCAUUAUGUUGUGUUUGAUAGGGUGCUGAUAUCUCCUUUGUAAUAUUCUUUUUGAAGAGGCUAUUUUUUGCAGUUAGGCAGCAGAUUGAGGAUAUUACAAGUAUCUUAUAACCAUGUAGAGAUGCAUUAUAUUGUAGUUUGUACUAUGUUCUGUGGUCGUCAAGGAUUAGUUUCCGAACUUCUGUAAGUAUUUCAAGGAUCGUCAUCUUGUGGAUAAAAUAUUGUUCAAUGCUUUAUUUUGGGGAUCGUUUUAUGUAUCGACAACUGCAUGUAUGUCUGUUGA